AUGCCCGAGGUGCCAGAGAACAUGCAGGAGAAUCUCGCGCACUUGGAGCUUGAAGCCAACAACCCCCGAAGCAUGAAUGGCCCCAUGUCGCCGCCGGCCCACGGCUACAACCAGUCGCAGCAGAACUUCCCGCCGCGGCAGGCAAGCUACCAAAACGAGCUCCCCGUAGGCGACUGGCAAUGGCCGGCGCGGCAAGCAAGCAUCUCCUCGACGUUCCGACAGCCGCCGAACGUGCAACCACAGCCUGUGCAGCAGCAGCAGCAGGUCUCACACGAUUACAACCAAUUCGCAUCGAAUCACGAAUCGCCAAACUUCUCGCCGUUCCCCAAGCUGCCCAAUAAGCCGCCGAACGUCCCGCCGUCUGACGAUGAGAAGGAAGCUGUCCUGGAGAAUGCACGGCUGCCGGUGCUCAACUCGAAUGACCCUGAGAUGCAGCUGGCAUGGGCACAAGAUGCGCUCGGCUACGUUGAUUCCGCCCAGCUUCAUGAGCAACGCAUUGCUGAGAUACAGGGCGCAAGGCCAGCUACCCCGCAGGUUGAACACCAGCUGCGGGUAGACGCAAUGAACGUGGUGACGUUUUUGGCAGACCAACACCACCCCAAGGCAGCGUUCAUGCGGGGAAUGUGGCUCGAGUUUGGCAAGUUCGGCAUGCGUGCGGAUAAGAAGGAGGCUUUCCGAUGCUAUUCUCGAGCGGCAGCUAAGGGCUAUUCAAGAGCAGAGUACCGCAUGGGAAUGCAGUUUGAGCAGUCCAACGACCCGAUCAAAGCGCUCCAGCACUACACAGCAGGAGCGGAACAAGGAGACUCGGCUUCAAACUACCGACUCGGAAUGAUGACUUUGCUUGGUCAACAUGGGCAGCAGCAGGACUUUGUCCGAGGAAUACAGCUAAUCCGACAAGCUGCUUUAACCGCGGAUGAGAAUGCGCCCCAAGGUGCUUACGUGCUGGGCAUGCUCCAAGCACGAGAGCUGCCUCAGAUCAAUGUGCCAGAAAUGUAUUUACCAUACGACGAAAAAUCGGCAAGGCAGAACAUCGAAAAGGCUGCAUACCUGGGAUUCGCGAAGGCUCAAUUGAAGAUGGGGUCUGCCUACGAACUUUGCAGUUUGGGUUGUGAAUUCAACCCCACGCUCUCUCUUCACUACAAUUCGCUGGCAUCUCGUCAAGGGGAAGCAGAGGCAGACAUGGCAAUCAGCAAGUGGUUCCUCUGUGGACAUGAGGGCGAGUUUGCUAAGAACGAGGAACUGGCAUACCAGUAUGCCCAACGCGCGGCUGUUGCCGGGCUUGCAACCGCAGAAUUUGCCAUGGGCUACUUCAACGAAAUCGGCAUGCACACCCCAGUGAACAUCGACAAAGCCAUCGAAUGGUACGAGAAGGCGGAGAAGAAUGGCAACAAGGAUGCAGCAACGAGGAUAGAAAGCAUUUCAAAGACCCACCGAACACUGUCGAAGAAGGAUCACGAGAAGGUGGCGAUAGGCAUGAUCAAGUCAAAGCAUGGUUCCAUGCGCGGCCAGCGACCGGCAAGACUACAGAAGCCUACAGGACCUGCUCUGGCAUCAAUCAACGACGUCAGUCCUUCAGACUACGGUGAUGCUUCGCCUCUCAGCUCCGCGCCUAGUCGCAUGGGCAAUCGAUCCGAUACUACCACGCCUUACCCAAUCUCGGACAAGCCUCCAAUGCUUGGGAAUUCACCACCCUCCGCACCGUAUGAUCGUCCUUCUACGGUCACGCCGUACCCGAUGGACAAUGGACCACCCAGACUUGGCCCACAACGACCGGGUGUCGCGGGUGGCUUUGCUCCAGAGCUGCGGUCGUCCAGUGCUCGACCUUCGUCAUCUUCGGCCUUCAACAUCAACCCUAAUAUCUUUCCCCCGAAUGACGGUUAUGGGCGUGGUUCACCGCGACCCGGUCCUGGGCCUGAUAUGGGCUCACUCCCAUACCGCCCUCACACCAGCAUAGACAACAUGGGUCCAGGACAGGGUCGUGGAGGACGCAUGCCAAGUGCAGGACGUGGAGCGCCCCUCACACCAGGAGGUCCUGGCGGGUACAGGCAGCCCGGCGGACCGAGUGCUCAACAUCCAGAACAAAUCCAACGUCCCCAAACUGUGCAGCCAGCAGAUGUCGGCUACAGUGGGCCAGACGGAAGAAACAAACUUCAGAAGGUAGGCGCACCGCUGAAAAAGCAGCCCACCUUGCCCGACAUUGGAUAUGUCGCGCCUCUUGAACCAAGACAACACACGCGGCCAUCCACCGUUCAACCAGGUACAGAGAGCAGGACAUCCUCACGCCCAGACAUGCGUAUAUCUUCCCCACCAGGCUCAGGUGGCCACCAGUCUGUACAUGAUGGCAUGCCGAAGCCAAGCAGAGUUGCUACGAUACAACAACAGCACCAGCCACCCCCGAAGAAGCCGCUUCCUGCUCAGGCUGGCAAGCCACCAGGCUCCGCACCUCCUUCUAAGCCCUCUACACCAGCUUCGACGGCAUCCGGCUCCGGACCGAAAACGUUUGACGAGAUGGGCGUUGGCCAGGCACCCAAGGAGAGUGAUUGUGUCGUCAUGUAAAUCUGACCACAGUUUAUGGCCAUCUAGCGCUGCAUAUUAAGUUCGUUUGCAUAGCGAGUUGCAUACAGAAUUGGGCGUGCGUUGCUUUUCUUUUAAUAUACCCGUGAUAAUGCUCAUUCAAGGCUUUGGAUUUUGCCUUGAUGGUGUAAUGUAGAGGAAUAGACAAUGCUUUUUAGA